AUGGCGACUAAGACGUCAAAAACCAUCAGUUCUGAUUGUGGAGAUGACUCAUUGGGUGAGUUGUUUAGUCACAUUGUAUGCACUUAUGUUGCCUCAAUUCAUUUCCAAUCAUGCCUUCUAAAUUACCCUGUGUUAUUUGUUUACAGGUAUGUUCUAUAAUGAUCGCCUUCCAUCAGAGUUGAUUUUCUCUCAACUUUCCGGCUGCCAAUGCACAGGUCCCUCCUGUAACCCUGAUCAAUGCGAUUGCGUGAAGCGCCGUAACGGGAGCGUAUUUGACAGCUCCUUUCGACUCUCCUGCCUUUUGGAUUACAAGAACAGUCAACAACUCCAACCGGUCUUCGAGUGCAAUAGUUGUUGUGCUUGUCAGCCUACCUGUUCUAAUCGGCUGGUUCAGCACUUUGUUGGGCGCUUUCCGGCAUUGAAAGUCGUUAAUACAGGAAAUGCUGACAAGGGCCUGGGUGUCAUAUGCGAGAAGGAUCUUUCACCUGGUCAGUUUGUCUGCGUCUACAUGGGAGAAUAUAUUCUGCCGUCGGAUGCCGGCCGGGUUUCUCGAGACCAGAUUCGCUCUCUGGGCCACACAUACGUUCUGUGUGUUCGAGAAUUCGCAGGCCAGUCCCGGCUAGUAAGCGAGACAGUAGUCGACGGUGCUGCGGAGGCAUUUUGCCCGAUCUGCCCAUAUCUAGUUUCAUAAAUCACUCUUGUCAGCCAAAUAUGACCGUUAUCCCUGUACGCGUGGAUUCCAUGCUACCAUUUCUAGCAUUUUUUGCCAAUCAGCAUAUCACGGCAGGCGUUGAAUUAACGUACGAUUACGGAGAGUACUCGGCGUCUCCAGGCUGCCUUUCAAAGAAACCCUGUCAGUUUGGCGAAUUGACGUGUCGUGGGUUCUUGCCCUGUGCUGAAUGAACUUUAUGUGAUCGCUUAAAUCUUCAUUCCCAGUGAUGUUGGUCAGCGCAUGAGAGGUAAGGACUGCGAUCGCCAACGGGUUUUAAAAGCUCGGCCCGAAAUGAGGGUCGGCUGAGAUGUGUCCGCGGGAUCCGGGAUUAUCUAUCCCUUUGAACCUCUGUUCUCUGAUCCUAUGUGUCCUUCUUACGCAUUUACUGUUUACUCUGCAUAUACGUUAUGUUGUUGGUGUACGCAUUUGUGGUGUAAUGCAAGCAUUUCAUGGAGAUUAAUGUUUUGAUUGCUGUUCAAGUUCAGUGUUUGUACGUUUUCGAUUAUUCAUCUUCAGGCCUGUACAGUAAUUUAGCAAAAUUAAGAGAUCCAGGUUGAUACUCUGAGGAAAAUGAACUGUUCACCGGAUCGAAAGACCUGUUCAUCUGACGUUUCGAAGAGCUGGGGCGGCUCUCAAUUAUCAAAGUGUCUAGUGAAAAAUCGAUCAGAAAUUUUGAAUGGACAACCGGAUUAGUUGGCCUUGGGCUGGUCGAUUUUCAUCUUUUGCUGCCUUGGCCUGCUGGCCGUCGCCUGGGAGUGUUGGUGGCCUCCUGUAUUGUGUGUCGUCACCUCAAUUGGGGUUAGUUGCGUUUGCGUCUCCCUUUUGGGUGAAUUGGUCGACAGGCCGUGUUUGCUCGGUAGUCUUGGGCUCCGCAUGACUGUCUUGUCUUCGUCACGGCGUAUGUAGUGACGUAGGAAUUUAUAGGCCGAAGGAAGGUCUAGAUGCCUGUUGAUGGAGUUGGCAUCUGAGUGCGAAGCCUUAAGUGUGAGACGCUCUGUCCUUGAGGUGCCCCUGCCUAAGACGGCUGCUCCAUGAAAAUAAAAACUGUGACCAGUUUCCCCUAUGUGAGCCGAAAGCUGUAAGCUUGGGUCUGGUCUCCGAGUUGCCAGUUUGUGCUCAUGUAGGCGGAUCUGCAAUUCCCGUCCGGUUUCCCCAACGUAGUUGCAGUCUCCAUCGUUACAAGGUAUUUGAUAGACAACUGCUGAGGUUUCAGUGGAUGGCAGUAUGUCUUUGGGUUGCAUCAAACGGUGACGAAUUGUUGCCUGGGGUCAAUGCGCAAUGCCUACCGUGGCGGGUUGUGACAAUCGUGAGGCCGCCACGGAGACUCCCUUAAUGUAAGGAAUAGCCCUCCAGACUUCGGGUUGUUCUUCUUGUGGCCGUCGUCUGUUGACUCGGCGCUUGCUUUACCUGAUGAAGUAGCCUGGGUAUCCAUUGGUUCGAAAGAGGUCAUGAAGGUAUUGUCGUUCAACUCUUUUGUCGGCUGGUGUGCUGCAGUGUGUUUCAACUCUUUGGAAUAGAGUACGGACACGGCUGCGUUUGUGAGACAGGGGGGGAUUGCUGUUGAAGUUUAGUAUUUGUCUUGUGUUGGUGGCUUUUCUGAAAACGGUAGUUUGCAAUUGCCCAGUUGCAAACCGACGCACAAGGACAUCGAGGAGGGGAAGUUGGUUGUUUGUUUCGGCUUCCAUCCUGAAUCGGAUAUUCGGGUCAACCGAGUUUAGUAAUUCUUUAAGGCGCUCCACGUCAUAUGAUUUGACAAUGGCGAAGGUGCCAUCGACGUAACGAGCCCAGAACUUUGGUUGAUACUUGGUGAACACCAAGUGUUCUAUCCGUUGAAGAACCACUUCAGGAAUCAGCCCUGAUAUGGGGGAGUCCAUGGGGGUGCCUUUGAUUUGUUCAUACAUUUGUCCACCAAAGGUGAGAUGUGUUUUUAGACGCUUUGACAAUGGAGAGCCGCCCCAGCUCUUCGAAACGUUAGCCAAACAAGUCUUUCGAUCUAGUGAGCAGUUCAUUUGCCUCAGACUGUACAGUAAUAUAAGUAAGUUAUGGUUGAGCAGCGACGGUUGAAACGACCAGUGAACAUAGCCAUGGGGGGUAGGCCACAGAUGUACCCUCAGGUAGCGGUGGUUCUCAAAUACUACGUACGACCUUCUUAACUGUGUCCUGACACCGAGCUCGUGUGGGGACGAAAGAGUACGAUGGGUGGAGUCUAAAUCUAUUACCUCUAAAAGCCCAAUCCACGCGCGAGUCACUGAACCUCCUUCACUUUGCUGUGAAGCACAUGGUUGACAUCGUCGGAAACGACGGUCGAACUAUCAAUUGUGGUGUAUGUGUGGACGAUGAGACUCCAUAAAGUUUUAUUGGUUCGCGUGCGUGGUGGUGGGGUUGCUUUCUCCAUGAUGUAUGCACUAAUGUUCUCUGCCAGAUCCUACAGAGCGAGGAUUUUCGCACACAACUACAUAAGUUUUACUUGCGCUAGUAUGACUGUACUCACUGUCCGAGUGAUUCAACUCUGUCGAGGCAGGAUGACUUCCCGGCCGCCCGGCAUGUGCGCCUACCAGUCACACUCCGCUUGCAUUCGAGUCACUUGGGGUUGUCAACCAUAAGGCACCGUGCGUACGAUUUGUGAAUUUUCACUUAUAGAACUUGUGUGAAUACAAUAUUCAGGGUCACCCCAGUAAGUUCGUACGCAUAAAACCCCGGUUUCAGCCACAAUAGGGGCCUUAUUUAAUUUUACUAAGGACCCGCAGGGGAAUACCUGACAAGUGUUCUGAUCAGGCGCCUUAACUGUGACUUUAUGGACUCCUGGAGCCCCUAUCCACUAGCACAGACUGAAUUCUGUAAUAAAAUCGGACAGGACGUUAGCUGAUUUUUGGAAAGAGCGGCUCUGUUCCGGCCUGACUUUCUCAUUUUGUCCACCCGGUUCAUACGAUGGCGGUAAUAGUGCCUGGUUUGCGUGAUUAGUCAUCACAUAGGCUGAGCACUGUGGCUGGAUUGUCGGAUGUACCGAUUGCCAGAUUAUUGUUGGUUGGGGUCGUCGCUUCUAUUGUUGCGCUCACCACAUGAACCCAACCAUGUCUUGAGUAGAUUUGGCAGGGAAAAGACGGCGUUCCUUGUGCCACCAUUACCCUUAUUUGCGAAUGUCUGUGAUGAUGGGUUCGAGCGAGAAUCCGAAACGUCAGGCCAAUAACUUUCUUGUUGCAGUGAUCGCAUCUUCUGGAAAACCUGGUAUGUUCAAACGGGGGUCGGCGCACCGGUCGACUAAAUUGGCAUCUCAAGCCUCCCUUAUCGUGGGUAGGUCCGUCUGGGAACAGCCUCGAGCUAGAAAGCUCACUUCGAAGGGUUUGAGGGUACGUCCAGUUUGUUCAGGAUGCCUUGCCAUGUGAGACUCAAUCUUUGUGUCGUUUCCAGUUUCCACCCCUCAACAGUCCCAUCAUGAGAAGUACGUGAUCAGCUUACACCUCGCAGCGUCGAAUUGUGAAGGUCUAUGCGUCACGCCCACCCUGGAAGACGGGUUGCCUGUUAGCCUAGCUGCUGGCUACCCUGCGCGUUCACAGGUGGCGGAUAGUGGGACGACCUUCAGUGAAGGUUAGCUGCGAAAUAAGCAGGCCCAGGACUGGGGCUUUAUUGCUGACAACCCGACCAAAUUCGUGCGCUGGCGUGAGCACGUUGAGCACCAUCUCAAUUUCGAUACCCAACCUACCUCGCCCUUCCUCUCCUCUUCAGCAGAGUUUUUUCCCUCUCUUAUCUAUGUAGUGUCAUGCGACCCCCCCCCCCCCUGAAGGAGAAGUCGCUAAUGCCAUACGAAAGUUGCGCAACAAUAAGGCGCCCGGAGAAGACGGUAUACCCGCUGAAAUCUUCAAGUCUUGUGUCGACACUCUGGCGCCCUGGCUCCAUGGGGUGAUUGAACGAGCGUGGAGAGACGAGGUUGUUCCUGAUGACUGGGGCUUAGGCAUUCUUGUACCUAUCCUCAAGAAGGGAGAUAAGACGAGAUGCGAGAAUUACCGCGGCAUAAGUCUCGUCGACGUUGCAACGAAGAUUUUCGCUAUUGUCCUACUCAGGCGAUUCCAGGCUGUGCAUGACUCAAGGACGAACCCAGCCAAGCCGGAUUUCGUGCUGGACGAGGAUGCGCAGAUCAGAUAUUUACAGUGA